ACUGUCCAGUUUGGAGUAGAGCGGCUCUCAUUGACUAUCAGACGAAAUUCCACUAAAAUUCCCCACUCAGAGAUCAAAGCCGUCAAUGGAUUUUAUCUUUUCUUUUAUUUGACAUGCCUUCAUUAGUAUUACACUGCGUCAACCCUCAAGAUUUUUCAGUUUGCUACAUUCAGUAAGCUGGCAGAGUCCUCUGCAUUAGCACAGCACUACGACCCUGCUGGUUUGUCGGAUAAAGCGCCGAUGAUCACGUUAUUUAUUGACACAAGCUCGUCAUGCAUUGUCAGUAUCUGCGCCAUAUUGAAGCAAAAAGGCCCAGCGCUGCUGAGGAAAUCUUGGCAAAAAAGAAGAGAUCUCCAGCUCCAGAGUCCAUAGAUUCCUCAGAAGAAACGCUUUUCAUAUACCCAUUUAAUAGCAGCAUCAAGUCGAAAUCUAUCGCCGUGCGAGCCGAAGAUGCCUCCCGACUGAACGAUGGCGAGUUUCUGAACGAUACCUUAAUCGAAUUUGGGCUGAAAUAUGUACAGGCAAACGCGGAAGUCAGAAAUGCAGCUCUGGCUGGACAGGUCUAUAUCUUUAACACAUUCUUUUAUCAAAGACUUGUUGCGAAACCAAGCAAAGGUCAGGCGAAUUCGUAUGAAGCUAUUAAGAACUGGACCGCCAAAAUUGAUCUGUUUUCUAUGAAGUAUAUCAUUGUCCCAAUCAAUGAAAACUUACAUUGGCAUUUGGCUAUUAUUACCAAUCCAGGCUUGCUUCUCAGAAGAGCGAAUGAAUCCGAGUCUGAUGUUUCUCUAGAAUUAGUAGAUGGCUCUGGAAUUGAUGAAGGAAAAUCACCACCUGCAAAUAGCAUCGUAAUCGGCAGUGAUAAUGAGCCAACAAAGAAUCCCAAGAUGCCUUUCAUCAAUGGAAGCGAAAAGCCCUAUAUCCUUUGCUUAAACUCUCUCGGAGGCACCCAUUCUGCGGUCUUUAGUGUUCUGAGAUCAUACUUGCAGCAGGUACUCUUAUCAAGGAAGGGUAUCUCCAUGACUUUGACAUCCAAGGAAAUAGCUGGAAAAUUCUCUUCUAAGUGUCCCAAGCAAGAUAACUUGUCGGAUUGUGGAGUGUAUCUCUUGCACUAUGCAGAAGUGUUCUUGAGAAAUCCUGAGACGAUUUUGGAUGCCAUUGUGAACAGGACAGAUGACAAGGAUUUGUGUGGAAGACAUCAAAGGCAAAUCAAAUGAUGCUUUACCAGAUGGCAUUACAGCUACGAGCAUGACUACGGCCAUGAUCACAGACGCUCAUGAUAAUGAUAACAAUACCAAAGAACUAUUGUCCUCGACCGACGCCACAGCAUUGGACAAGGGUAAUAUAAUCAGUGAAAAGCAGGUUACACACGAUUUGACUAUGAACGCACUCAAAAGUAUGGAUCCAGAGUCGUAAACUACAUUUUUUGGUUUAAAAUAUGCAAAUAAAAAUAAAUAAAUAAAAAAUCGCUUUU